UCAAGUAAUAUGCUGAGUGGUGAUGUUCCAAUGUCCUUGGGUUCUCAAGAGUCGCUUAUUUCCCUGCAUCUGAAAAACAAUACUCUGCAAGGAAAGAUCCCAAUGUCAUUAAGGAAUCUAGAAUCCUUGGAGACUCUUGAUCUUAGCAUGAAUUCUUUUGAUGGUUUUAUUCCUUGGUGGAUAGGUGAGAGCCUAUCUUCUCUGAAAGUACUGAGUGUUCACUCCAAUAAAUUUGAAGGUGAGAUUCCUCUGCAGCUUUGUUACCUUGCUUCUCUUCGCAUAUUGAACUUGGCAAAUAACGUGAUGACUGGAACCAUACCUAAUUGUUUUGGCAAUUUUACUGCAAUUGCUAUGCAUGAGCAGAAUGGGUAUUGGGACUAUUACACUAUUGCUGGACCCUAUCUGGGUUUUGUAAGAGGCUAUGGUGAGAAUAUGAAGGUUUAUGUCAAAGGAAUAGAGCUUGAAUAUACUAGAACACUUCAAUUUCUCUAUUCCAUUGACCUUUCAGGAAAUAACUUUGUUGGAGAAAUUCCCCAGGAGUUGAUGAAUCUUUCAGGUCUACAGAACCUGAACCUAUCUAGAAACAAAUUGGAUGGACAUAUCCCUUGGAACAUCGGCAAGUUAAGCUCACUAGAAUCACUUGACUUGUCUGAAAAUGAACUUUCUGGCUCUAUUCCAUUCAGCAUUUCUGAUUUGAACUUUUUAAGUCACUUGAAUUUGUCAAUCAAUCACUUAUCUGGACGAAUUCCAACGGGAAACCAACUUCAGACUUUGGAUGACAAAUCCAUCUACAUCGGCAACGAUGGACUUUGUGGACCUCCAUUGAAUAACUGUUCAAACGAUGCAGAUGAAUUGCCUAAAGGUCAUGAAAAAGGUGGCACUACGAGGAAAGAUGACUCUGAAAUGGUUUGGUUCUACAGUGGUAUGGGAAUGGGAUUUGCGGCUGGAUUUGUUGGAGUUUGUAGCAUCUUGUACUUCAACGACUCAUGGAGGUGUGCUUGGUUUGGGUUAGUUGACAGAGUCUACAACAAGCUUUGGGUAACAAUUGCAAUCAAGGCAAAUCAAGUGAAGAGAAAAUUUCUCAGAAACAAAUUAGAAGGAAAUGCAUGA